GACAAAAUGGAAAACGUGGGAACUUGAACCAAAUUAGCAACUAGUGAUUUGGCUGUGGAAUUUCUCAUCAAAGCUCACAUCUAUAUAACCUUGUCCUACUUAGCUUUCUUUGGCUUAGGAAACUCAAGUGUUUGAUAUUAUUAUUAAUAAUUCUUAAUUAUAUAUCAAACACUUAGUUUCUGUAAGUCCACCUGCAAAACAAAUCUUACUGCAUCUUCUGAUCUGAUCUCUGCUGCUUCAGGAAUCUCCUUUAAUUACUCACUCCUUUGUCUUCAUGAAGCUUUUCAGCUGGGUGCAUGACAAGCUCAAUGGGAGACAAAGCAACAAUAGUAAUACAAACAUUCAUGCAUCUAAUAAAAAUCAAACUCAACAUUUAGCAGCUCAAAAGGAGGAGUUCAGUGACUGGCCUCAAGGAUUUCUCUCAAUAGGAACUCUUUUUACAAAAUCAUUGAAAGAGGAUAAUACUACUACUACCAAUCAACAAAAUUCUCCUAAUCCCAUACUAGACAUCACAUUGGAAGAGGUUAAUGAGCUUCAAAAGGAGUUGAAUGCUUUAAUCUCUUCAAAUGAUCUUAUUGAUUGCUUCUCUGAGAAAGAGAAAAACCAUGAAAGCUUAUCGUCAUCGUCGAAUAAGGAAGAAGAAGACGAAGAAGAAGAAGAAGAAAGUGAUGAUCAACAUUUUACGUCGACGGUUUUAAACCAUAAUAACAAAGGCAAAGAUGUUUACUUGGACAGCAAUGGUAACAAUGCAAUUAGUAAAAAGUCAUUGUCUUUCCUUCUAAAGAAGAUGUUCGUUUGCGGAGUUGGUGGGUUGGGUCCAACACCUAGUCUAAGAGAUCCAGUUCUUUCGGCCCCUAAGACGACAAGAUUCAGUAAGAUCUUGAGAGCAAUGCUUCGCAAGAAGAUAUAUCCUCAAAAUCCUGGCCCAAAUAUGUCAAGAAAGAGAUACUUGGGAAGUGGACAGAUAGGAAGCAGCAACUAUGAUGAUGAAGAUGACAUGGACACUGAAGCAAAUAACCAUAUCAAAUGGGACAAGAGUGAUACAGAAUAUAUUGUUCUAGAGAUUUAAACUAUGCAAAUUAUGGGUGGCUGCUCUGAUCGUGCAUGACAUAUACCAAAAUCCUUGUACUAAAGGGAAGUGCAAGGUUUUUGGUUUACAUCAUUCAUAUGCAGAGAUGAAAUUUGGUCUUGUCAUCUCGGAUUUCAAGCAUCAUUUUGACCAUGGGGGGUGAUAAAGGCCAAAGGCUUUCUCUAUUUUUCUUUUCUUUCUUUUUGGAGAAGGGGGUGUUUGGGGGAUUUAUUAAGAUAUAGUGAUGAGAUGUAAAUGAACUCUUCUUUAAUUUCUUAUUAAAGAUUGCAUGGGAAGUAUUGCAAAUAUUGUAAACCAUUGUAUUUCUCCCUUAAACCUCUCAGCAUAAAAACAAGGUAAUAAUUUUUUAUCUGUA